GUUAAACAUGUUAAAGAUAAACAUAUGCCUUGAACUUUGCAGUAUCUUUGUUGUUGUCCAUAUUUCACUGUUCAUCUACUUUCACUUUCGAAAUAUUUUCUGUAAAAUGAGUAUACGAUCAAAAUGGCAGAUGUUCAACUUUCUCACUUUUUAGCAAAGAUUUUACGCCAUGAAGCUAUUAACAGAGGAUUAGAUGUAACUGAGGAUGGUUAUGUCGAUGUUGAGGAUAUUUUAGAAUUACCUGAGGCAAGAAACAAAACUGAACAACAUGUCAGAAACAUUGUCAGAAAUGACACCAAGGGAAGAUUUUUUCUCAGAGAAAGUUGUGGAAUUCUACAGAUUAAAGCAACCCAAGGCCAUUCAUUUGAGGUUAUUCUUUAUUCCAUAUUUCACAAAUUAAGACUCAUCAGCUUACUGGUCCCAAAGCUUGAGUUGAAACUUGUUACACAUUACACAGAAGUAAGAUGUGCAGUACACGGCACCAGAAGCAGGAACUGGGAAUCCAUUAAAUCAGAGGGAAUAUCCAAGAUGGGAAGAAAACAUAUUCAUUUUGCUCAAGGAGAGAGAGGUGUAAAAAGUGGAUUCCCCCCAUACUGUGACAUGGCAAUUGAAGUCGACGUUGAAAAAGCUAUGAAUGAUGGAAUCAAGUUUUAUAUCUCUGAGAAUGAUGUUGUGCUAACUGAAGGAAGAAAUGGCUACAUACUACCAAAAUAUUUCAAGAAAGCUUAUAAAAUCAGCUCUAGAGAAGAAUUGCCAUUCUGAUCAUUUUGUGGAGAUCCAGAUUUGACAGCUCUUUAUCAAGUCACCAGACUCGCUCUGACUACACAAUCUGUGGUUGUCUGUCCUUGUUUACAGACUUUUAACUUAUAAAGCUACUAUAAUUAAUUUAUUAUGUUACAUUUGUAUAGGAAAAAGAAAGAUAGGUUCUUGACAACCCAAAUUUUUAAAAAUUAUAAACAUUGGUACUUGCACAGAUCUAGACACUAUACUUUUCAAUGUGAAUAUUUAUAUAGGGCAGGAAAGGCAACAUAUGAAAAACGGGGUUCUUGCAAGAUGCUGCAUUCAGUCCAAGUUUAUGCAAAUAAUUGUAAUUUUCAUCAUUAGCACUUUUAUUUGUUGUAUUGUUGAGAUAUAUGUUAUAGAGACAAUUUUACAUUAUAAAUGGGUUUUGGCAGAGUUGUUGCCCUUCGAAAAUUUCUUUUAUUUGUCAUGUGUACUGAUGUUCAGCUUAUUUUGAAGCAGCUAUUCAUCUUUAUACAUCGUACCCAUUAGAAUGCAUCUCUUCUGGCCUGGUAAUUAGUUAUACAUCUAGUUUAUCAAAGUCUAAAUACCAAUUGGAUAGUAUUUAUGGAUUGUUAUCCCUCAUGCUCGCUCCUCUCAGGUUAGAGGUUUGAAUCAACUGACCCAGCUAUUUUGUUGCUUGUUUAUAUAAUGUAUUGCCAUUCCAUGGAUCCUUUGCACUGUUGUAAUAUAUCCAUGUGACUGUUAAAGCCAUUGGAGCUCUUGUGGGUUUUUAUAUUGUAAAGCCAUUAUGCCUCUUGUUUCACAUUGUUCAUUUGAUGAAUGUCAGACAGAGGUUUUUAAUACAGAUGUGAUACAAAGUAUUUAUUUCCAUAUUAAUUUAUACAUAUUGUUGCAUGGUUUUUGAAAAUUGUUAUCAAUUAUUUCUGCUAUUACUGUAGUUACUGGUAGAGUGUUUGACACAGAAUAUGAUUCUGUUUCAUUUUUAUGUUGAAAAGAUUCUACAAUAGCUAUGAAAUUUUCAUUAUUUAUUACCUGUACAGAAGGUAGAAAAACUUUUAAAAUGUUGAAAUUUAAAAAUAAAAAUCAUGAACAACCAGUU